AAACUCCUCAAAAUACGAUAUAUAUUUUAACACACCCCCUUUUUAACGGGUUAAGUUUGAUCAUUCUAGUGGAUUAACCCUCGACCAGAAGGCUCUAAAACCCUAGUGGGCGUCACCUGGACUCGAAUCGCCACACUUCAAGCCAUGGCGUGCAAUUCCUCAGGCUGUCAGUCCGGUUGUUACAAAAACGAAUUUGAACAAGAACAACAAAACUCCAACUCUAACUCCAAGCCUUCGACAACAAGAAGUGGCUAUAAUAUAUGCGUAAAGUGCAAGUCCAAUGAAGCCCUGACCGGCAGUGGCACCGGUGAUGAUGGAAGGUUCUGUGGGGAUUGCUUUAGGAGUAAUCUGUACGGCAAAUUCAGGCUUGCUGUUUCUACACAUGCUUUGAUUACCCCUGCUGAUAAAGUUCUUGUCGCCUUCUCCGGUGGCCCUGCUUCCAGAGUGGCCCUUCAGUUUGUACAUGAGAAGCAGCAGAUGGCACAGAAGAAUUAUGAUGCUAGUAGAGAUGGAUCCUUACCUGUAUUUGGUGUAGGAGUUGCAUUCAUUGAUGAAAGUGCAUAUUGUGCAAUAUCGUCUGAUGAAGUUGAUGAAACCAUCCAAAAAAUUAGAUCAAUUGUUUCGCAUCUUGCACCACCAGCAAAAGAUUUGCAUGUUGUUUCAAUAGAAAGUACAUUCUCUUUGGAUGCACUUGAUGCAAGGGAGAAAUUCAAAAAGUUACUAGAUUCUGUUGGUGAUGCCACUGGGAAAGAAGAUCUUCUGAUGCAUCUAAGGAUGUUGACUCUGCAAAAGAUUGCUUCUGAAAAUGGAUAUAAUAGAGUGGUGCUAGGAUUAUGUACAUCGAGGAUUGCUUGCCAUGUUAUUUCUGCCACUGUGAAGGGUCAAGGCUAUUCUUUACCAGCUGAUAUACAGUAUGUUGAUGCCAGGUGGGAGAUUCCAGUUGUGCUUCCACUUCGUGGCUGUAUAGCCCAAGAGCUCAACAUGCUUUGCCACCUUGAUGGCCUAGAGACUCUGGAAUUGCUUAAUGGUCCCUCUACUGGUAUCAAUGGUUUGGUCUCAUCAUUUCUCAAACUAUUGCAGGAAGAGAAUCCUUCUCGAGAGUGCACAAUUGUGCGGACAGCUGGAAAGCUAACUCCAUUUCAUUUCAACAGGAUUCCAGAAUUAAAUGACUCUAAUGUUCCUUUAGCAUCACAAAGGCGUCAAAAGAGAUUCAAUCUCAAGUGUAAUGAAACCAUUUCCUCAGAGUCGUUCUGUCCUUUAUGCUAUAGUCCACUCAACCCAUCAGACUUAAAUAGUUUAAGUAAUUAUAAGAGUAGCCAGAGUUCUGAUGCUUUUGGUGCAGCCUGUUGUUCAAGUUGCCGGUUUCAGAUAUUUCCCAAAGAUCCCUCAUUAGUUGAGCAGUUUUAUUCUCUUCUACCUGAGCCAAUGGUUUCCAGAGCAAAUUAUGGUAGUAACGGCCAUUUCAGUGCAUUGAGGAAGCGAGUACAAGAUUGCUUGCUGUCAGAUAAUGAAGAUGAAACUUGAUUUGUCUUGUCUGUUCAUCUGGUCCUCUUUGGCUUUUGAGUGCCAUCAUGUUUUGCCCUAAUAAACGAAAUGUGAAAUAUCAGCGUCCCACAAAAAGCACGAUGUAGAUUUAUAUGGCCGAGUUUGCCAGAGAUAUUCUUCUAUAUUUUGGGAGCAGUGGUCCUGGUUGCUUCGGUAACAAUGGAUGUAUUCACUUAUUAUUACAGAGAUAGUCCCUACUCAUUUAUGAAUUGUAUUCGAAUGCUAAAUCGUCAUGUUUCCUUUUGAUCAAGUGGUCUUUUUCUUUA